AUGGGAGACUUUAAUAUAGUUCUCUCUAAUGAGGAAAAGAAAGGGUUAAGGCCUUUUUAUAGAAAUGAGGAUGAAAUUUUCAAGGAUAUCUUAUCAGAUAUGGGAGUACAAGAUAUGGGUUUCACAGGAUACCCCUAUACCUGGUGUAACCAAAUAACUGAUAAUACUAGAGUGGAGGAAAGAUUGGACAGAGCUUUCUGCAAUGAUGAGUGGAUAGCUUUUUUCCCUCAAUCAAAUCUAUACCAGCUGGUUGCAAGAGGAUCUGAUCACAAUCCUAUAAUCCUAAAAACUAGUCCUAAUUGGAAAGAUGGUGCUUACCCAUUCAAAUAUUUUGGAGGAUGGAUGGAACAUCCAGACUGCAAAAGAAUUAUAAUGGAAGCAUGGAACUCUAACCAAUUUGGUUCUGCUAGCUACUCCUUAGCCAAAAAUAUGAGUACUGUUAAGAAUGUCCUCAAAAGGUGGAAUAAAACUGUCUUUGGAAACAUAAAACACAGAAUUUAUGAAUUAAAAAAGAACAUAGAGAAACUCUCACAAAACACUAAUAGAUGUCAUAUUGCUAUAAAGAAACUUGAAGAAUCUCUACAGCAAUGGAAGGACAUAGAGGAGGAUUACUGGAAAACCAAAAGCAGAAACAAUAGAAUAAAUUUGGGGGAUAGAAACACCUCUUACUUCCACAACUCUGCUAGAACAAGAUACAGAAUAAAUUGA